UCAAUAGACUGCUACAAGGUAACAGUUCGUCGGAACACUGCUGUUUUGUAGCGUGUUGUUUCUGGGUGUCACCUCUUUGACCGGGUCACGUUUAUUGUAGCAACUGUCCGUAGCAACGCACCGGGUCUAUGGAGACUGUCCGUCCGUCCGUGUGAAGGAAUGCCAGACCACACGGUUCAGAUGUGCAGCUAACUAAAUUUGUUUCACGUAGUUGCUUUGGGAUAGAUAUGGGAUGCGCCAGCUCCUCAACCACCGUGGUCCAAACGUUUACCCCCGACGAGGUGAAUGGAGACGAGGAUGACACAAGAAAUAAACUUGGUGGUUGUGGAGGCUCGGCUGUGUCAAAGGGCACCGCCGACAGUGGGGUGGUGAUGGAAAGCAAGGAGGUCCCCCUGUUACCUGGAAUAGUGCCCAGAAAACUUCCUCCUCUAACAUCUGCCAGUGUCCUAAAGACCAGCUCGGGAUUGCUGCAGCAGGAAAGGGCAGCACAGGAGCGCCAGAAGUCCAGUGACAUCCUGGAGGAGCUGUUGAACCAGGGCAUCAUCCCAGAAGGGCAGACCAUAGAGAGGAGUAGCAGGGCCUGGGAGGCCUAUAGCCUCAUGCUGAAUGACAUGGAGGUGGUCAGGCAACGACCUGCCAGACUGGAGUCCCUGAAGGCCAAGCAGGCACAAGCUCUCCCCAGCAUAGAAGACAUUGAGGAAAAGAUGAAGCUGGCUGAAGAGCGGCGCAAGUUAAAGGAGAACGAGCUCAAGGCACGCUUAAGGACCAAAUCAGCACGUGUUCGUGUCCGUGCCCCCAUCUCCAGAACAGACAACGACGAAAACUCACCCAUCAGCCCAGUGGGACCACUGCAGUCCUCUGUUAGCCUCGACAUCCUACAUCCACCGCUUCACAGCCAAACUGCAUGUAAAGAGGCCGAGGGAGGAGAGUGUGUUAAAGAAGCUCGAGGUGACCAAAAAGAGUCUAGAAAAGAAAUGGGCAGUGCAGAGAAGACAGAAGGGAGAGAGAAGGUAGGAGCAAGUGGAGCUACCAGAGGCGAAGGUGCCAAGAGGGUGUGUGAGAAAGGUGAUGAGGAAGAGGAGGAGUUGAACCAACUGGAGGAGCUCCAGUCGAGCCAGCUCCUCAAAGCCUUGUGGGAGCUGGAGAGUGACUCUACCUUUCAACAUGCAGAAGACAAAGAGGAGAAAUUUUAAAUUAGCCCACGGAUGAGCCAUUAAUCGGUACUAAGAGAGAGAUGGAGAGCGCCAAAAUAGUAUCUUUUGCACAGAGGAGAGGCAUAUUGAAACUUGUAAAAUACAUACAUGCAUAUAGUAAAUGUAAUGGUAAUACUGUUUGGAGAGAAAUUGACAGAUGUAUUUAUGCACAGCUGAUGUGCAGGUGAGUCGUUUGUGUUCUCACCACAGAGACAUUAUUUCCACUCCAGGGAAGUGCAGCCGAUAAAUGCUCUUUAUCAGAGGAUAAUGUAGCUCAGUAGUAAACACAAAUGAACAUGAGGGCUUUCUCUCAAAUGCAGCAUAAUUUACCUCAGUGAUUGAUUUAAUAAAGAUGACCAAGACUUAAUGUUCUUGCCUAUAUAACCAAUUAAUUUUUGUGUUACACUUGGGUUUUUUGAAUGUUG